AUGCUUUUCAAGUCGUGGGUUUCCCUGGGCCUGCUGGGCCUGGCCGUCGCCGUCCCUCAGGAGCCGACAGCGGCCCCGACCUCCAAGACGCUGCCCCCCUCGCCGACGGGAUCUGGCGUCUGCGAGCCACAUGGUGACCACUGGCACUGCCAUGCUACUUCCACCGCCGGCCCCGCCAGCCCCAGCGACGAGGCGGCCAAGUCGUGUGAGCCUCACGGCGACCACUGGCACUGCCCGUCUGGGGUGCCGAAGCCGACUACUCCUCCUCCUCAGGGUGGCGACCACGAUGACCAUGACCAUGGCCAUGACGACCACGACGACCACGACCACGAUGCCCAGUCGUCCUGUGUCCCGCACAAGGACCACUGGCACUGCCCGUCCGGCGUUGCGAAGCCGACCACGCCUCCUCCGGGUGCCUCCUCGGUAACCGCGUCUCCGACGACUGGCGCCACAUCGAGACCCUCGGGCGCGGCGUCCACGACGUCGGCACCCUCGGUCUCGUCAGGCACCGCGGUAAGGGGCGCUGGAGACCGAAACGCCGCUCCGUUUGGCGCUGCCUUUGCCGUGGCGUCUCUUGUUGGUGCCCUUUUUGUCGGCGUAUUUGUUGUGUAA